AUGGGCUAUGACAUUAUCAGGGAAAGCAUUGUUGAUGAAGUAAAGGAAGUUCGAUAUUUCUCUGUUAUGGCUGAUGAAGUCACAUGUCACAAUGUUGAGUAUCUCCUAAUAUGUCUUCGUUACGUUGAUGCCCAUAAUAACAUCCGCGAAGACUUCAUUGCAUUUAUAAUGAUGGAAAGAGUAAGAGCUGUAGAUAUUUCAUGCGCCAUCAUUGCUACUUUGGAGGGACUUGGGCUUUUAUUGAAUGAUUUAAGAGGACAGGGAUAUGAUGGAGAAUCUACCAUGAGUAGAGAAAAGGGUGGAGUACAGAAGCUAAUCAAAGAGAAGCAGCUUAAGGUACUUUACACUCAUUGUGCAGGCCAUUCAAUUAAUCUUGUCAUUGCAUCUUCCUGCUCCAUACCAAUAGUAGGAAACUGUAUUGAUGUCAUUAAAGGCAUAACUCUCUAUAUAAAAUAUUCCCCAACGAGGGAAGGUUUACUAAAAGCUAUUAUUCAGAGCUUUGCCUGA